UUUCCAUCGACGACAAAGACAGUUAGCGUGGAUGACAUAAUCAGUCAACCCCAGGGUUUAGAUGGCCGUCUUUAUUUAGCUCUUAGGGCUGAUGAGGGCGGGAUUCUUCACACGUCACCCACAACUCCCCUUUCUCUACCACGUUGUGUCCCCUCUCGAGGCAUUACCCAUGAUCUCGACACGCUCAUUACCCUGAAUCCUGCGAAGAAACCGGCCGACACCAUGAUCAGCCUCCAGUCCAUCGCGCUCCUCGUCAUCUCCUACGUCGUGAUCCCGCGACUGACGUUCCUCCCGCAAUCCAUUCACAGCAUCCUCAUUAUAUUCGGGCCUUUCAUCCUCCCGCGCCUCUUCCAGCUGUUCAACACGUCUCGCACUGCUUCGCGCAGUCUGCCCGUGCAACCAACGCCCGCGAAGGUGCAGGGAGCGCUCAACUUACUCUUCCUGAGUGCCGUAGUAUGCAUUGUACUUAGCCUGCCGCAAUUUGGUCCCGAGAACAUCUUCGUCAAGACGAGCAGCCGCCUGCAGAUUGAAACGAACACGCUGUUUGCGCGGUUGCAGACACACAGGGCGUUGGACGAUGCGGACGAGCUGUUGAGGGACAAGUUCUCGACUCUGCCGACCAACAAACUGAGAUAUUUGGUGUUUGGGCCGGACACGUUGGUGAACUGUCUGUGGUGCGCAAAGGCGGAUCAAAGCAGUGAGCGCAACUAUUUCUACUACAGCCUGCCGAAACUCGCGACAGCGCAUUUGGCCCAUCUCGUGGUCUUGGGCCUCUGCACAUCUUCGCUGAUCGGGCCCGAGGGCUCGCGCUUCCGCAUUCACGCCACGAUCGCGGGAUUGGCGAUGGUGGCGUCGGAAGCGUGGUACCUGGGCUCCUACGACAUCAAGCAGAACAUACAAGCGAAGACACUGCAGGAUAUCGAGUUCGUGCACUGGAAACUACGCAUGUACCGAUACAUUGCCUUUGCGCUCGUGGACGCGGGACUGGGGACGGUUCUCUGGCUCACGAGCACGAACCGCUGGCUCGCAAGGCCGCAGUCCAUGGCCCAGCGCCUCGAAGCCACAGCCAAGGAAGCCGAAGAUACAGUCAACAAGACGCGCGCGCUCGGGCUGAUCAGCAACUCGGUGAAUCGUGAUCAGAAGCUGCGAGCCGUGCGCGAGGACUACUGGCGCACGGAGGGCCAGGUCAUGGCGGAGACGAUCCAAGACGAGGAGGUGGUCGGGCACAUCAACAAUGCGCUUGCGAAACUAGACAUGACGAGUUUGGAAGAAAAGGUUGGCGGGAUUGCUGACGACAUUGUUUCUGCCGUCGAUGGUCUGCGGACGAGCCAGAUUUUGACUUCGGAAUGAACGGCUUCGGCAUAACAUGAAAGAUCUUAGUGCCAUUUAGGAGCUGCGUUCAUUGUUAGAUUUAGCAUAGCCUAGGAGUUGAUAUUUGCUUUGAAUCCCGAACCGGAAUCCGGAUAUAGAUGGGGGAUCGUUUUUUAGAUAGAGCCGCCGCCAUGGCAAUCUGCGGCUUUUGCAUCAUAGCGUCUUGGGAAUGUGUGCCUCGGCGUAUACCCCUACUGCUUGGAAAAAAAAAAACUUCACGUACUUUAUCGCCAUCUAACCGUUUCCCCCCUUGCACUCUGUCCACGGGAGUCAUUUGACCUUGUGUUAGCGCCAUCGCGAGCUGACCAGGAAGAGAGGGAAGAAAAAAACAAGUAGUCGGAGGUGCCGUAGACCGGGGGUAUCCGCCUCUCUCUCAAAAGUUCACCGUUUACUUCAGGAACAUGGCACGAAACCUAAUCAACCACCAAUCAAUCAUGUAUACUACCACGCCCUCCGAUUCUCGCAGAUUCGUAUAGCAGCGGAAUGGUUGCCAUGUCGUAUAAUACCGAUUCCGAGAAUCGGAAACUCAAUCCUUCCUUCGAGAUAUGACUG